AAUUGGAAAACGUAGAGCUUAUGUGUUAAAGUUAAUAUAACACAUAUACAUAACAUUAUAUCGGGAUACGACAGUGAAAAAAAAAGCAAUUUGACUGCAACAAGUAAAAUGUACGCAAUCCUGGAACAAAUUUAAAAAAAAUGUUCCAGAUAACAAGCUGAAAAGAUCAUUCUCAAUACCUAGCAUUAACGAGAUGAAGGAAAUUGAAUCUACAUGCAGCGAGAAUUCAGAGCAUUAUAUUACCGUAAUUAAAACCCUUAUUGCACCUGAAGGUUUAGCAAAAAACAUCGCACGUUUGAUUGACAGAAAAGUCAUCCUAAUGAUGAAUUAUGAUGGCGUCAAUAACAAAAUUUCAUUUAAGGAAUACAAGUGCUUCAAUAAUGCGAUAUUUGAAGCGCUUAAAAAGGAUGGUUACACAGAGAAGGAAUAUGUACGCGAUAUAAGAACUGCUUUUAAAAACUGUAAAAACGUCUUUUACAAAAACGCAUGUAUUGAAAGGAAAAAAAAAUCAUUACAACGGAUUGAAUAAUCCGUAUGCACAUUUUUAUUAUUCAUUUAUUAUCUGCUACUCUACUAAAAUUAUAAUACUCCAAAUUAAUCCUUUAAAUACUGUCCACACUUAAGUGUGAAAUAUUUAACUUUUACCUAAAUUAAUACUUGCCUGACACUGAAAUACUAUAUAUUUACUUGAAACCCUUAAAACUAUUAUCAAUUCCUAUUUAUUUUAAUAUUAAGAUGCCUCAUAGGCAAAAGAGAACUUUAUUACACAGUACUACAAAAGAAGCUGAAAUACACCCGAAACAAAACUUAUUUUAGUUGUGACUAGGGUCGAGUACACAUAAAAUUUUA